GAAUAAUUAGCUACCUUGUAAAAUACGUAUGAAUUGUUAUGAAAUAACCUUGAAAUAAACCUAUGGUGGGUUGUUUCAAAACAUUGUUGGGUUUGAUUGCAACUAAACUGAAGAUCGAUAUUCUGGAAGAUUUUUUAACUCUUAAUCUCUUCAAGAAAGAAGAUAUGUGAGACUUUUAAAGCCGUACAUGAAAACAUCUGAUACACAUUCACAGGGAUCGGCGGCAACCCUAGCAUUUGCCUAUUCUGUCUAUGCCAUGGGUCAGCCCUGCUUCAACACAAUAUCUGCUCUUUAAAGAGAAGAAGAACAAUGGCAGAAUCUUUACCAACAUCACCAAAACGGACCAGAAGAAAGAGUAUGAGUCCACCUCCAUAUCUGUCAUCCUCCAGUGUUUCUCUGUCUGAAGAGCUUCAGUGUUGUGUGUGUCUGGAUGUAUUAAGUGAUCCAGUCAGUACUCCAUGUGGACACAACUUCUGCAGGAUCUGUCUGAAACAGUGCUGGCACAACAGUCAGAUCUACAGCUGUCCAUACUGUAAAGAAACAUUCAGUAAAAGACCAGAGCUCAAGAUCAACACAGCACUUAGAGAGAUCACGCUGAUCUUUAAGAAAAAGUUCAGUCUGAGAAGAUCUGAAGUCCUCUGUGACAUCUGUGAUGAAAGAAAACUGAAAGCCCUGAAGUCCUGCCUGAUGUGUCAGGCAUCUUACUGUGAAACUCACCUGGACCUUCAUGAGAAAAUGAGUUUAAAGAAACACAAACUGCUGGAUCCUGUGGAGAAUAUAAAGGACUAUAUAUGUGAGAAACAUGAGAGACCUCUGGAGCUCUUCUGUAGAGAUGAUCAGACACGUGUUUGUGUGUUUUGUGCUUUUGGAGAUCAUAAGAAUCACAACACUGUUCCUCUAGAGGAGGAAAGUAAAGAGAAGAAGACUCAACUGAUGAAGACACAGACAGACAUUCAGCAGAUGAUCCAGAAGAGAAUCAAGAAGAUUCAAGACAUCAAACAAUCAGCAGAACUCAGAAAAAGAAGCAGAGAGCAGGAGAAAGCAGCGAGUGUUGAGGUCUUUAGUGAUCUUAUCAGAUCCAUUGAGAGAUGUCAGACUGAGCUGCUGGAGAUGAUGGAGGAGGAACAGAAAGCAGCAGAGAAACAUGAUGAAGAUCUCAUUAAAGAUCUGGAGCAGGAGAUCACCGAGCUUAAGUGUAGAGACAGUGAGCUGCUGGAGAAGAUCACACACAGUAAAGAUCAUCUUUAUCUCAUACAGAUUUACUCAUCAUCCCUGUACAGAGCUCCAGACAUGAAGAACUGGUCUGAGAUCAGUAUGAAGACUCAUGUGAGUGUGGAGACUCUGAGGAGAGCUCUGACUAAACUACAGGAGACUCUCAAUGAGAAACUCACUCAGACUGUGUUGAUGAAGAUGCAGCAGUAUGCAGUGGAUGUGACUCUGGAUCCUGAUACAGCUCAUCCAGAUCUCAUCCUGUCUGAAGAUAGAAAACAAGUGAGAACUGAAGACAUUAGACAUGAACUCCCAGAUAAUCCAGAGAGAUUUGAUUUGUGUGUCUGUGUCCUGGGAAAAGAGGGAUUCACCUCAGGGAGAUUUUAUUUUGAGGUUCAGGUGAAGGACAAAACUAAAUGGAUUUUAGGAGUGGUCAGAGAAUCUGUAAACAGAAAGGGAUCGAUCACAGUGUCUCCUGAGGAUGGACACUGGACUGUGAUUCUGAGAGACGAGAAUGAAUAUGAAGCUCUUGAUGAUCCCUCAGUCUCUCUGUGUCUGAAAGUGAAACCACAGAAGGUCGGGGUGUUUGUGGAUUAUGAGGAGGGUUUGGUUUGUUUUUAUGAUGUAGAGUCCAGGUCUCAUAUCUACUCUUUCACUGCUCAAACUUUCACUGAAAAACUCUUUCCAUUCUUCAGCCCAUGUGUUAAUGAUGAAGGUAAAAAUUCAGCUCCUCUGAUCAUCUCACCUGUUCACUACAACAAAUGAAUUCACAUCCAGAAUAUAAAAUACUAAAUAAAACGAACGCUUUAUGAAUAUGAAUAAAAAAUAAACAUUAUCUUUACACAUCUGUAUUAAUAAUAAAAGAUUACAAGUAUUUUACUAUAUUUAUGGUUAGGUUUUUAUAUUAAUCCUGUAUUCAUGCAGUGGUGGUUCAUUUAAUUUAUGUCUAAUAUUCAGGCAUGAAAAUCCUUCACCUUUCGAUGAAAGCCAAAACAGGUGACCCUCGUGAACUGUGUAGAUUCGAUAAGAAAUUUUUGGGGGGUUGGGAGGUAUGCGCGCAUUGUUUGUUGACGCGCACUUCGCCAUCAUCCAAGAUGUAUCCCAGACAUUAGAUUUAUUUGAGUUCAUGCCACGCUGUAAAAACUGACAGGCAGGUGACAUCAAAGUACCACGAGAGUGAAUCGAGAACUCAUAAGAACUCUGCUUUCGAACCGCUCUCGCGCUACUGUGAUGUCUUCCGCCUUUUCUGUGUACUUCAUCAUACAUGCUUGUUGAAUAUGCGUAGAGCAACUGCAUUCGGGACGUAAAGUCAGACACAAAACGCUGUGAGACUUUUGAAACGAUAGCCCCUCGUAUCAAAGUCAAGGCUGUGAUGUUUGCUUACAGCGCAACCACCAGCUCUGCUCCCGUAUGUCAGGAUCCUGCCAAAAGUCUUUCAUGUCUGUAUUUAGUUCCUUGUGGCAGCGUUCUGCAAGGGUUCCCACCCCCCUUGUUCUCCCUGUUCUUGGUUUAAACAUUAGUUCAUUCCCCUCACCUGUUUUUCCCUUGUUGUCCUGUUUAGUCAAACACAAAACGCUGUGAGACUUUAUCACUGUAGAAUUCUGAGCCGUCAAUCAAUUAAAACAACAUAUAUACAUAGACUGACAUUGCAAAGUGACCUAAAAGUUUUUUUAUUGGAAUGGAUUGGAACGAAUAAUGGACAUACUCUGCGCUUGUAAGUCACAUUGGUCUAAAUUUACUAGCCUACUGCCGUAAAUACGUAAAUGUAAAUAUGGCAAAACUGCUAAAUAAUGCAUGAAAUGCUGUUAAUAAGAACAUACUCCUACUAAUGCUUGACAGGAGAUAUACGCACAAAUUAUCUUUUAAUACCACAGUCUCUGUAAGUAUUCUCAUAAAAACAGUCAUUUAUUAUAUAAGUGGGCAGUUGAUUAUACAGUAUGUGUCAGUGUAGACCAGCACAGCAUCAGUUCGUCUUAUAAGAAAUGCUUAUGUUUGAGUCAUUGUGUUAAUCAAACUACAGAAGACAAUAGGAAAAUCACUUUUAUAGCUUUAAAAGAUCAAUUAUAUUUAAUUUAUAGAAUGAAAACAGUGUUAUAUUAAUUUGAUACUGUUUCUUUACCUAAUCAAUACUGUUAGAUCUUACUUUUUAUGUAACUUUGUUCUUUUCUAUUUUAUAUGCUUGUAAUUUGUUGAUUCGUUCUUAUUUUAUUUUCCUACAUCAUUUUUUGCUGAUCUGAAAAUUAUUUAAACCAUGACUCAAAAACCAUAAUGUAAUAUUACAUUGUAAAAUUAAGUAAUUUUAAAAUUAUAUGUAGGCCUUUAGGUCCACCCUAUUUCAAGGCACGGUCAGAUUAUGGCAAAAUAAAAUUAUUGCAGAUGUAAAAUUGUAAGGGAAUGCUACUUUUCACAGCUUUCCAUAUUUAUCAACUCAUUUAAUAAAACAUGGUUUCGGUUAAUCUGGUUUCGGAAAUUUACAAUCUAAAUUGUCCG